UGAUGAUUAGGUUCACUCCAAAAUGAAAAGACUCGUUUAAAUGUGGAAAUGAAAAAGAGUUGGUGGCCACUCCUUCUUUACAAACAACGUCUCCGCAAAAGAAGCAGUCAAAAACGGCACAUCAAUCACUUCCCUAUCAUAACGUGUUCGGCGGAUGGAUCUCUUUCCAGAAAGAUCGAGAACGCUAUUCGAGUCCCGGCAAAGAGUCUGGCAAGAUGCAAGGAUUCAGAAAAUUAUUAAGUGAUACCCAAAGCAACAGAAAAAAUGUAGUGACAAAGCGAGCAAUAAUUAUUGGGGAUCGUUUAGAUGAAGAUUAUAUAAAUAAUUAUGAAAACAUUCCUGACGGCUUUGGCGGUAUAGAUUUUGGAAAGUUAGAGGAAAAAAUUCGUGACUUGGCUCCAAAUAUCUUUAUCGGAGCCUUUGUAUUUUUUGGAGUUCUUUUCAUAGUCCUUUUCCCUGUCAUCAACUUUAUUAACAUGUGUAUCGAUGACUUUAGAGCCAACUGUCAUUUAUUUGGAUACAUCCUUUGCUGCCGUGAUCCAAAGUAUUCCCUUGUGAAAAAAGAGUGCAAGAGAAAAGGUGUUUUCAUCCCAAAAUAUAGGAAAUAUCAGAAGCUCAUGAAAAAAUACAAGAAAUUGCAGAAAUCCGAGGGCCUUGAGAAAAUGAAAGUUAAAACUUAGAAAAA